AUGACGGAAUCUGAGAAACUUCCAAAAGAAAUGUCCAGACAAUUUGUCUUCCAUCCGUAUCUUCCACACGAAAAAGACAUUCCACCUGACGAGAAAAUAUCCUUUCAUGACAUUCUUCCAGUGAAAAUGGUAAAAUUUGUCAAGCAGAUGGUAGAAGAAGCACCAUGGGAGCAAAUGUUCAUGAAAAUGGUGCGUAUGAUUGUUGAUCAGUUUGUUGACAAAAUCAUAGAAAAAAUGUUUGCGCAUAAGGAAGAUGAACAUGACAAAUGGAGGUCGAUGGAUGUUGUACUGACACCAACAUGGAUUCUUCCGACUUACGCAACUCCUGUUGUACGUUUGCGGAGGGCUGUAGCAGAACAUUCUAAAGAAGGCCUGCAAGGUGAACUUUCAAGCCCCUUACCACGGAUGAAAAUCAUAAAUGAAAUAAUUAAAAAGAAAAAAAGUAUUGAAGAACAUUCCUGGUUGGAUCAGUUUUUAGAUUACGUGUUCCCAGAUACAAAAUCUUCGCCUGCAGAUGAGAAAGCGAACUACAGAAUAGAAAAACGCGAAACAGCUGUUGCCAGUAGAAACAAAAUACUGCGAAAGAUAAUUUUGUUUUUCGUGGAAACCUACGAAAAAUUCGCUGAGUUUCCCUUCAACAGCAACCCUGAUGAUAAAUUUCAAGAUUCGGUGCGAUAUCGUGUUCUAAAAGAAGUUCUUCCCGCUCUCUUUGAAACAAAGCACCAAACUGAUGACGAUAACUUCGACAUGCGUAAUUCAAUAUUUCUGAGCUCAGGCACUGAUUCAUUACCAGCUAAUUUAGCGAGGCGCGACCUCAAUAAAGAAUCUCUAAAAAUUGCAUCUGAAAAUUCCCACCGUCGCAAACGAUCCUUGGGAAUCAGAAGCAACAGGAUGGAAGACGAGGAACGAUUGUGGCAAGCCAGCCGGAGGUCCAAACCUCCGAGUCAUAACAGAAGGGAUGAGUGCAGCCUCAGACAAGCCUGCAACGCCGGAAGGUUGCUCUCCCGAUUACCUUCCAUUCACGAGAUUACACUCCAAUUGAGAAGUUACCACAACGAACCUCAUUGGGAUGCCUUUCUUUGGGGUAUUAAAAAGAAGAAAUGUACCAAAAUAUAUUGCAAACGUCACAGAUCACCAAAAGGCUCGAAAUAUCACCAUUGGGAUUCAAAAGAAGAUUCCAUUUCACGUAGACAUGAUCACAGCAAGAUAUCUUCACACUCGGAAGAAGAAAGUUCCGAAACACCAGUUUCAACACAAAAGACUUUCAAUUUCUGAAACAGUUUCGCUCUUCUCGUUCCCAUAAUGUGAUGCUAGAAUGGAGCAUAAGGUUUCAAGUGGAAUCCAUCUCUUGGAAGCGUGACCACGGUACGUCUUCACUUUCGGAAGAAGAAAGUACCGAAACACCAGUCUCAACAUUUUAAAACUUAAAAUUUUUGAAACAUAUGCUUCUUUAUAGCUCUUAACAGUUCUUUAAUAUGACACAUUAGAGAACAGCAUAAGGGUUGAAGUGGAUUCCAUUUAUUGGAGACAAGACCAGGAUCGCAGCAAGAUAUUUUCACACUAGGAAAAAGAAAGGGCGGAAACCAUCUAUAAACAUUUUGAUGAGUUUGAUCCAAACCAGAAGCCGAUCUACUCCUGGUUCAGCAUCCCCAGAGGUAUUGAUUCACUUGGAAGACUUGAAAACCACGACAUAAAUAUCGUGCCCCAGGCAUCAUCAGCGAACACGGACUAUCUUCGAUCGGCUGGCAUCGAACCCCGAACCCUCCAGUUACGAGACCGGCCCUUUACCGAUCAGGAAACCAUGACCCCUUACAUCUUCUUCGGUUUUAAACGAUCUUCAAUGUGAAACUCAAUCUGUAGAACCAAAUCGAUGAUGCAGGAAUAUAUAGUCACAUCAAAACUGAAUUUUAUUUUCUUCUUCCGAAUAGCUCUAUCAGGAUAGUAAGAACUUUCUGUAAAAAAUAUUUACCAACAACAAUACUGAUUGCUUUGUUUAUGUAAGUUUUUACUGAAACAUAAAUAUUUUUGUAUUGUUAGUUAUUAUGACCUUCACGAAGUAUUGACUUUGCAUUAUUUAAUUGUACCACAAAAAAGUCUUUGUCCUAUGUAAAAACAAAUCAUUGUAGUAUAUCUCA